UAGUGCUGACUGACCAGUGUGCCGGGCGGGGCCAGCCCUGUGACGUCACACCGCAAAGCAUGCUGGGAGAGGAAAACUCCAGGAACCUGAGGGAAAGAGGAAGUUCUGCUGGAAACGUCCUGUAAAGAGGCUCUGAUGUCCGGACAGCGGGAGGGAGAGCCCCGGCAUGAGGAGGAGCAGAGAGAUCCAGUCAGAGGACAACACCAGAGAGAUGUCCGCGUCCUCUCCUUCCACAGGAUGGUCAGAUGACUGUACUGGGACCUCGGAGGGACAAUUGAUAUCUACAGAUUAUAAUGCAGAUGAUCCUGGUGUCACAUCAGAGACGUAUGAAGAUUGUGCCAUUAUCCCAGAUGUACCAUCCACCCUUCACAGCAAAACUCUGUCAUCUGAUCCUUUUAAACAAAUCCGAUCUUCUGAUUCAUCACAGACUGUUAACCAGAAUGCAAGCCACAAAAGGGGUGAGGGAGCCCUAAGAGCUCAGAAAGGGAAGAAGCCAUAUCCAUGUUCAGAAUGUGGGAAAUGUUUUACUCACAAAUCAGACCUUAAGAGGCAUCAGACAGUUCACACGGGAGAAAAGCCCUAUCCAUGUUCAGAAUGUGGGAAAUGUUUUACUCAGAAAUCAGAACUUAAGAGGCAUCAGAGAGUUCACACGGGAGAGAAGCCGUAUCCAUGUUCAGAAUGUGGGAAAUGUUUUACUCAGAAAUCAGAACUUGAGAGGCAUCAGAGAGUUCACACGGGAGAGAAGCCGUAUUCAUGUUCAGAAUGUGGGAAAUAUUUUACUCAGAAAUCACAUUUUAUAAACCAUCAGAGAAUUCACACAGGGGAAAAGCAGUAUCUAUGUUCAGACUGUGGGAAAUGUUUUACUCAGAAAUCAGAACGUGAGAGGCAUCAGAGAGUUCACACGGGAGAGAAGACGUAUCCAUGUUCAGAAUGUGGGAAAUGUUUUACUCAGAAAUCAGAACUUGAGAGGCAUCAGAGAGUUCACUCGGGAGAGAAGACGUAUUCUUGUUCAGAAUGUGGGAAAUGUUUUACUCAUACAUUUUCUCUUGUUGUCCAUCAAAGAAUUCACACUGGGGAGAAGCCGUAUUCAUGUUCAGACUGUGGGAGAUGUUUUAAUCACAAAUCAAAACUUGAGAUACAUCAGAGAGUUCACACUGGAGAGAAGCCGUAUUCAUGUUCAGAAUGUGAGAAAUGUUUUACUCAGAAAUCACAUCUUGAGAGACAUCAGCAAAUUUGCACAAAGAAGAAGCUGUAUUCAUGUUAAGGAUGUGACUGAUAUUUCGUUAGAAAAUCAGAUCUUCAACAUCAAAGAUGUCACAUGGGGAAAAAAUCUGUAGUCGUGUUAAGAAUGUUUAACUCAGAAAUAUAUUGUUGGGCAUUAAAAAAUUCCAACAGGAAAAGCCACUUUCAUGCAGGGAAAUAUUUUACUCACAAAUUAAGUUUUGAGAGAGAUCAAGAAUACACACAGGGGAGAAGCCGUAUUCCUGUUCAGAAUGUGGGAAAUGGUGGGCUCUGAAACCCAAUCUUCACCAUGAAAGUCAUCAUACAGGGGAGAGGCCAUAAUUAUGUACGGCCUGUGGGAAAUGUUUUACUUACCAAUCGGAUUGUGUUAAACAUCAGAGAAUGCACGUAGAGGAGACGCAGUUUUAACCCCUUCAUAACACUUGCCAUACAUGUACGGCAGGUUUUGGGUAUUUAACGACUUCUGCCUUAAAGAUAAAGUGAUUGAAAACUGAAUAAAAAACAUAAAAAAGUCACAUAUACCAUAAAAUGUUAUCAAUAGAAAUUGUAGCUCGCACCGCAAAUAAAGAACCUUCACAGAG